ACUCAGUGUGUCAGAGAGAGAGGCUGAAGAGGAGGGAAAAAGCAGAGACUAUUUGCACGGAGCUGAGUGUGUGUUUAUGUUUGUAUGUCUCUCCAUUGGUCGGCUGGGUGAAGGGGCACCAGGAGGAGAGGAAGAGGAAGAGGAGGAGGAGGGAGGAGGGAAACCUGCCUGGAUGAAAUUCUCGGUGUCACUACGUGUGGACCUUGACUGAUCCCAGGGUGAGGAAAAGGGAGAGAGACACUGAGGGGAGGUGGGGUGAUUGAGACUUUCACUGUGAGAAGAAGAAGAAGAAGGAGGUCAAGUCUGGUGCUUCGUUUUAUCAUGACAUUAGUGGGAGAACGAAGCGACGGAUUGAGCGCUCUUCAGUUGUGUGUCAACAGGAAUUCGCCCUAGAAAAGAAAAGGAGAAAAAACACAAGACUCUGGAAGUGGACUGCUGCCUUCAACCCAGCUAAGGAGCAGGACUUACAGAGAGUGUGUGUGUGUGUGUGUGUGUAACCGGUGGAGGGCAGAGGAGUGGAGGGCCAGGGGACGAACCUGGCCAUCAAACGGACUGGCAGCCUCCCCUCUCCUGGGAUCAUGUACCCUCAGGGCAGGCAUCCGGUUCCUUUACAACCCGGCCAGUCUUUCAAAUUCACCGUCCUGGAGACCCUGGACCGUAUCAAGGAGGAAUUCCAGUUCCUCCAGGCGCAGUAUCACAGCCUGAAACUGGAGUGUGAGAAGCUGGCCAGUGAGAAGACGGAGAUGCAGAGGCACUACAUCAUGUACUACGAGAUGUCUUACGGUCUCAACAUCGAGAUGCACAAACAGGUAAGAGAGAAAGUUUUUGGCAGUUUUUCUCAGUCUUCACUCACUGCUUGUU